GCUUCAGGCCACAGCAGAAAAGAGAAGCAAAUGGCGGACACAACGCAAAUUAAGGGAUUUUGGCCUCAUCGUACCAUACUUCUCAGCCGUGACCCAUCCUUUUGGAUCCGACGGGUGACAAGACGCAUCUUCCAUUGGACCGUCACACCUCCAUCUCCUCAUCGUCAACGCCAUAACAGGAGGGGAAUGAAUGGCAGCAUCACGGCCCGCGAACGGCCCACUGCAGCAUGGGGAAAGUAAAAAGGAACACAAGAGCCUUCACUGUUCUAUAUUACUGUUGAAAGGCAGAAAAAAUCCCUUCCUCACGGUGAACUGCGGGAGGGUUCGUGCAGAAUGGCAGAAGAAGUGGUGGACAUACCAGAUAAAAGGGGGCGGGGGGGCAAAGAGAUCAGUAAAUACAAGAGAUGCAGGUUGCAAUGUUGACAGCUCUGCUUGGGAGUUUGUCCUUUACCUCUACUAUUCAUUUUUCUACAGGACAAAUCAAAUAUCUGCCCAGAUUCAAAAGUGUCCUCAUAUCUCAUCCCAAAGCAGAAGAAACCAACAGCAGGUCCAGGUUUGCUUUUCCGAAGGAAGAAAGACAAGGACGAAAAUCAGCAUGGAGUAUGAAGCGCAACCAGACCCUCCCUCUCCCCAACCCCCGCCGAAUCCUCCACCAAGUCCGGUCAUGUAAAACAUGAUGCGCCGCGAUAGGACGGUUCGGUAAACAUAUCCCCAGCUCCCCAAGUCUCUCUCUCUCUCUCUCUCUCUCUCUCUCUCUCUCUCUCUCUCUCUCUCUCUCUCUCGCGCGCGCGCGCGCCUUGGAACUAUGCUGAUUUGU